GGAAGCGGAGCGCAAAAAUAGUAACGGUUUGUUUUUCAGCAGAUAAAAAAUGGCUAUGGCUGUGGCCUUAUCUUCAUCUACAGUUACUCCGACCGCCAAAUUCUGGCCUCCUUCAACAUCGCAACCACCCAGGUUUCUUCCUAUUAUUCCCUCAAACCCGUCUUCGAACACUAACCUCCUCACUUCUUCACCUUCUCACAAGUGGAGGCUCAGGAUCUCUUUCUUUCCUGCCUUUUUGAACAAAGGAAAAGGAAAUAAUGUUACUGCUCUUAAACAGGAACUUCUUCAGGCAAUUGCCCCCCUUGAUCGAGGAGCUGAGGCCACUCCUGAAGAUCAGGAAAUGGUUGAUCAGAUAUCACGCAAGCUUGAAGCAGUCAACCCUAUAAAGGAGCCACUCAAAUCUGAUUUACUAAAUGGAAAAUGGGAGCUCAUAUAUACUACUUCCAGAUCAAUUCUGCAAACUGAGAGGCCCAAGUUUUUUAGGUCAAGAAUAAACUAUCAAGGAAUCAAUGUAGAUUCUCUCAGAGCUCAAAAUAUGGAAUCUUGGCCGUUCUUCAACCAGGUCACAGCAGACUUGAAGCCUUUAAAUUCAAGAAAAGUAGCUGUUCAAUUUGACACAUUCAAAAUUCUUGGUCUGAUACCGGUCAAAGCACCUGGAAGAGCCCGUGGUGAACUGGAUAUCACAUAUUUGGAUGAAGAGUUGCGAAUAUCCAGAGGUGACAAAGGGAAUCUCUUUAUCUUGAAGAUGAUCGAUCCUUCUUAUCGAGUACCUGUAUAACACUUUAAUCUCUCUACUUUACUAGUAGUAUCCUUCUAAAGCCUGAUGUCUAAAGCCUGAUGAAGCACUAAAUCAGAGUGAAUAUUAUGUUAUUGUAAAUUGAUUCUCAUGAUAUCUUCAUAAAACUUGUGGCAACCUUCUGAUA